AUGCACGGAGCACUACUUCUGUACAUAGCAGAGGGGUGUAUAAAUAUUCCUUUUCUUUUGGAGUGGAGAAGCUUUACACUCGGAAUCAGGCGAACAGAUAUUGUUCAGAAUGAAAAGCAUUGGGAAGUUACUCUAGACCAUCGGCGCCUAAAAACUCCAAAUGGUAGCGUCUUUACCGUGAACACCGAGCCGCUUGCUCGGGCAGUGGCUGCAGAAUGGGACGCACAACACGAAUAUAUUACACGGCCUACUAUGCAUCUCGAAGAAGAAUUAAGAAAAUUGCAAGAGAAAAAAUGGGAACCAGUGUUGGAAUGGUUUUGUAAGAGAUUUGGCGUAACCCAAGAGGUGUCCAAAGGCCUAGAACUUCCACCGAUAAAAACUGAAACUAGAGCAGUACUAGCGAGACAUUUUCUAUCCUAUGACUUUCCUUCUCUAACUGCAUUAAACUUUGGAGUUGAAGCCUUAAAGUCACCAAUUCUAAUGCUGGCCUGUGUUGAAAGGCACUUGGAACCCAAAGAUGCGGUGAUGCUUGCUAGAUUAGAAGAGGAAUACCAGGUAUCUCGAUGGGGCCGCGUGCCAUGGGCUCACGAGUUGAACCAGGCUGAGCUGACCGCUCGAGUCUCCGCCUCAUUGUUAGUCAUACACGCCAACUCCGAGCGACACUCCGCUACACAGAAGAAUAAAGAAGACAAACGAUAG